GGCUUCGGCAUCAGUCACGUCAGCAACCCUUACCAGAAGGAGUGGGACGCCAAUAAAAUUAAUUAUAUUUCAAGGAAUUGAAGGAUAUUGGCGAGGCGGCGAUAUUACCGGAAAAUGUGACGAUCGCGCCACCUCAACAUCAAUGCAACGUUAGGAACACUGUAGUUACAGAUACGACGUUAAAUCAUUACUUGCAGUGCUGUCCAAACAGGAAAGAGGAGUGCGCGACUCUGGAGAGCAACUGUCAGCUCCAAAAGAGUCGAUCAGCUAUACUCGCCAUAGUGAAGCGUUCGCAAACGAAUUUGUUCUCGAUUUACCUCGCAGCAGAUUAGAUAAAUAUACAAAAAGAAAAGCAAUCGAUACAAGCAGCAGUAACUCAUUACCUGACAGCCCAAGCAGUGGGCAAAUAAGUUAGUCAGCAAACCGUUCAGUAAGCGAUUAUGAAAUAAGAAGUAAAUACCUAGCGAUGCAAUGGAUUUUCGCUAAAACAGGAUCAUAUGCAGGGUCAAGAAAAGAAAACAAGGGUCCACUGUCUAGUGUAUUAUACAAUAGGUGGGGUAGCAAACAGUGAUUCGGCAGACGGAACAUCCAUCUCGAUUUAAGUGCAAACUGCUUGUUAACAGACCAUUUUCCGGCAACUUUACCGGCAAGAUUCGCUCUGAUCGAACAAUCAGAUCACAGCGACUCGACGGGUUUCAACUGGUGUACCCACCCGGUUCGGAAAAUUGUCUAGUUAGUCAUUCUGCGACACUCUACGUUCGAAAUGAAGAAGAGUGCUACCUCUGGAUCGUCAGCGUCGGCGGCAGCGCUUAGAGGGGCGCGAGCAUCCGGCGGCGUCGGAGCGAUCUUGGGAAGGGGCGCAGGAUCUAGUUUGUCUCCGACGCGCGGUGCCAGUGGCGUUACCGGCAGCGAACGAACACGAGCUUCGACAAACGUCGGUCCAACAGCAACAGCAAGAACGAUGACAAUGGAUGGAGGAAGUACGACGCCUACGCAGCGUCGGAGGACGUCCGCAGUGAGCCCCAUGAUGAAUGGAGGCUAUGCUGGUGGAAACAAUACUACUCUAGGUACUGGCUCCGUAGGUGGCGGAAGGGGUGGUGGAGGGACCGGCCUACCAGCCUUUGCUCCGGAACAACAUCAGAUCGAUCAGAAUGUCCGAGAGGCGGAAGCUCGUUUAGCUGCCCGCCGUCGAGCCCGUGCGGAGGCCCGAGCCGCUCGAAUGAAGCUUCUAGAUGCUGCCGAUGAUGAGGGUGGUGGAAGUGGUCGACCUCGAAACCGGGAUGUCCGAGCGGCUUCAAUUGCGUCAGCUUCAUCGAGACGGAGCAGUGACGCCGAGUCCGAGUUCGGAGAAUAUAGUCGAGAAGAUUUAGAAGAUCAACUUCGAAAAGCGUUGGUAAUGAGUCAUCAAUUGGACUCCGAGAAGCAGGCUCUCAACUAUAUGGUCGAAACGUUACGUGACGAUAUGGAGGAGCUAAUGGAGAAUAUGGUGCAGUUAAGAAAAAAACUUGCUGAUAAGAUUCGGGCCUUCGACCAGCAAACGAGGGAUUUCAACAAUCUCCAACAGGACAAGAGUUACCUGGAACACCAGAUAUCCGAACGGGACCGCCUAAUAGGGGAACACGGCCUGGUGUUAGUUGGCGAAGAUGAAGGCCAACUACAGUUAUUGAGUAAGGACAUGUCUGAAGUUUUACGUUCGGCGGGUGAAGGAAAUCUUGAGAAGAAACUUCAGUCACUUGCUGAAGAGAAGACAUCAUUGGAGGAUGAAGUCACACGGUUACGUGAAGAGUUACGAGAAGAAAGAGCUCGGGUGCACCGGUUGGAGGACAUGUCUCGACAGGCGGGUGGACGCGAUACCCAAGCGAUUUUAGACGCCCAGCGUGAGGCAAGCAAAAUCGUCUCGGACUACAAAUAUCGACUGAAACGGGCUGAGCAAGAAGUAACUACCCUGAGCUCCCAGGCGGCGCGGCUCGACACACAGCUUAAACACUACAAAAGUCAAGCCGAAUUAUCAGAAAAGGCCGAGGAGGAGCUCAAGGCGGAAAAGCGGAAAAUCUUGCGCGAACUGCGCGAAGCCCAGGCUCGAAUUGAUGAGCUCGAGACGAGUAACAGUCAUCUGCAAAAACGGAUGGACAAGCUAAAGACGGCACGCAGUCAAAUACUCAGCGAGGCCGCAAGGGACACCUCGCCUCCGCCGAUCUAACAAGUCUUCCUUCACUUUACUCUAUCCCGAACCUCUACCUCUUCCCCAAACAUACGAAAAUGUAGCAGCGAAGUUCCAAGGAUUCAGGCCGUAUAUAUUUAGUUAUCUAUAGUCAGCUUUUCACUUGAGAGAGAGAACGAAACAAAUGUAUGCCAUAAACACGUGACAACUGUUGACAAGAACGAAUAUAAGCUUUUAUAUUUCCAUCUAUGGCAAUUUCUACGCAUACACAAAUCCGCUAUGCUGGUUCAUUUGUGAGUCUCAUAGAGCGCGGCAUUGCUAUAUGCUCACACAUCUGCGGCUCAGUAAUGUAGUCUAGCCGAAUUGCCGAUCAUUCUUCGUGAUGAAAUAAAUAUAGUGAAAGCACCUUUGCACAGAAAAAUUUCUAGAGGGCUAGAUUGCCGACAUUGGAGACGACAGUUGACGAAUUAAAUUACAGAAAUGGGCUUUAUGCAUAGCUCGGAUUUUUACGGUUUCUAUUGGUUAGACUAGGCAAGCAUACUGUAAAUGUGUCUGUGCUGACCGUCUUAGCUGGUAGAAAAACGCAAAGAGGCAAUGUAUAGGCAACAUAUUGAGGCCAAAAGCCAGAACAAGUGAAUCUGUGAGAGUGCCAUGUGAGUGGUCCCGAUGUAGUGCAAUCAGGUGCAACCCCAAUCAGGUGCAACCCCACGGAGAAAUAUUGGAGGGCCCACAUGUUUACGCAGCAAAUUACUUACGCCAUUAUUCUAGCUGAAAUGUACGCAAAAGCGGAUAAGAAUAAUAGGUUUCACCAGUACAAUCUAUAUUCAAAUAUGCGGGGUUUGUGUACUGGGGUAGGCGUGACCAUGGAGCCCAAUUAGAUAAGGUUAACGCUGAUAAAGAUUACAACAAUAACAGAAGGUGAACGGUGUAGAAAUCGAGUGAAAUAAAUACAGGCGACCUAGAAAGUGUCCAGCAAGUCGUAUGGACGUUUCGUUCUACAGACAUCACGUGCAGUUUCUAGUUACUACUUCUGGUUGAGGACCGAGGGAUGUAUCAUUUGCUUGCUGUUUGUGGAAUUUUUCCUAAUAGAAGACAAUGUUUUUGUAAAUCGAGAUCGUUAUAAUCCUCAUUUUUUUAUUAAUGGGAUAGCUAUUGGAGCAGACAUUAUCAAGAACACCAGUGAUUGUGGGAUAUAAAACCAGAGUGUUAUAGAUAUGAGCUAUCCAACAUAUGUUGGUAUAAUGCUCGACCUUUCAAUAGUGAUUUUACGUUAUACCCGAGAUAUGUUGCUACUGAAAACGACUGCGUAAUUGCUGCGGGAGAACGGCGUGCUUGCAUAGCAUAAUUCUCUUAAUUUAUGUACUUGUAGUAGAGAUAAUUAUUCAACAACUCCAGGGCUUUGCUUUCAGCUUGGCCAAUAAGGAGUAUUUUGUUCGAUGCUAUAUGCGUAUUCGAGAUUUAGUUGCCAUUUUACCAUGCCAAUACUUUACGCGGAUUCGCUACAUAUGCUUUUCCGUUAUCCAUAUACAAGCCAAUGAAUAAGCAUGUCCAAAAACAUGGUCCCCAUAGGACGAGGCCAUGUAAGAUAAAUAGCGAAAAAUUGAAGUUCAUCCAGUACGCUGCUUGGUAAGGUGAUGAGCGAGUUUAGUUGCUGAAAUAGGCGUUUUUGCAGACUAAGGGGAAAAACAAUAGCUGAAAGGAUCUUGCUGAGAGGCAGAAAUCCCCAAGGAGGUUUAUUCACACCCAAUCGACUUGUUGACGGGUAUUAGGUAGCGCAGUUUUUGCAUUAAUGAAAAUCUUCUCCAGCAAACAGUAAUUAUAGUUUUUUUUUUAAGUCGAAAUCAUUAUUAUAACGAAUUCAAAGCGUGAAAGUCUCACAGUGUUAAUAACUCAAUUUAACAGUUGCAUGGAAACCACACUGCGAGCUAAUUAAACUAAUGUGUCUUAGCCUUGAUUUAGUUAUAUGUUGGGUAGCGCAGAAGGGGCUAUUUGAAUCAUGUCUAUUAUCGGGUAAAAGAAGUAGUAACAAAACUUUGCAAUAGUUCUACUUAAUUACGCUUGAUAAUAUUAAUUGAAAACACUAAUUUGCGUAUUACAAAUUGACUAAUUCAGAAAGUAUUCAUCUGCUAAAAUCAAACUAUCUGGUACUGACUUGAGGGAGACCCUCGAUUAUUCUACUAGAAUGUGCGCUGAAAUUUACCACUUUUUUUUUUCAAUUUUUAUAUUUGUGUGUUCACAAGGACUUUUGCUUUCCGUUUAAAAAAAACUGCCACUAAAAAGAAUAAAAAUUUCAACGACCCUCUUUACUAUAACGUUCUAUGAAUAAGUCACUCAGUAAGCCAUAUGUAAAGAAAGAAACGAUGGUGAUAACAAGUUGGGUUCCCGCAGUAUCUUUUGUUGCAACGUCCCGCUUCAUUUUAUCGUAGUUCGUUUGUCGACUUGUCGACACCCUACGGAAAAGCUGGAAAGCUCUAAGACGUUUCUGUUCAUCAAGACAAUUUCUUUUUAAAAAAAGACCUAACAUUUUUUUUUAUUAGAACAUCAAUUUUUUGCGUUUUGGGAAAAUUGAGACAACAUUCAUAGGAAAGAAAUGGAAAAAGUCUGAGACAGUUACUAUAGAGGUGAAUAAAUUAGAGCGAAGGCUAGAUAAGAGCCAAGAUCUUGGAAAGAUGUUGAGCAUAUAUAGUUAAACAUAACGAAUAAAAACGAUGGCUUUGUGUGUAAAAUAAUAUUGCUGCUAUAAAGAAAUAGACUAAAAUAAUAAAUAAACUGAUCAACAGAAACGGAUCCACGUGGUAAUAAUAAGAACAAAAAACACUAAAUAAAAUCAACAACAACAAAGUCUUUAUGGAAAAUAUACAAGAUUUUCGUCAAAAACGUG